UCGCGCGGUGUCAGUCACGGUGCUACGGAGCCGGUAGUCGGUGACUCGGUGAUCCAUUUCUCGUCAUUGGCGUAGGCUACACGUUCACCGCCUCGGUUCCGAAAGGCCGGAAGAAGAGGACGCUCCACUGCAGCGACCGCCGCCGGGGGCUCGUGUCUGUCGGCGUUAAGAGCCUUCGGUCUCCCGUCGGACCUUUCGCGGCUCUCGGUUCAGGUGGUGUCCAACUCGGGACCAGCGGGCCAGCCGGGGCUCCAUGAGUGCGACGGGGCAGCAGCACGGGGGGGUCCUGCGCUCCCGGCGGGGGCUCAUCCGGGAACCCGGACCGGGCACCGGCGUGGAGGCGAGCUGCUGGCUGGCGCCCGGAGUGCUGCGUAGGUUGGUCGAGCUGCCGUCUCCCCCCCUCUCCAGGCAUCAGCUCAAAAGGCUGGAGGAGCACCGGUACAGCAGUGCCGGAUGCUCACUGCUGGAGCCUCUGAUGCAGCGUUACUGGGAGUGGCUGGUGGCUCGCGUCCCCGCCUGGAUCGCGCCUAACCUCAUCACCAUCGUCGGCCUGGCCACCAACAUCUUCACCACCUUGGUGUUGGUCUACUACUGCCCCACCGCCACAGAGCAGGCUCCGCUGUGGGCAUACCUGAUGUGCGCAGUCGGGCUCUUUGUGUACCAGUCGCUUGACGCCAUUGACGGGAAACAGGCCAGGCGCACCAACAGCAGCUCUCCACUAGGGGAGCUAUUUGACCAUGGUUGCGACUCCCUCUCUACAGUGUUCGUGGUGUUGGGAACGAGCAUCGCCGUGCAACUGGGCACCAACCCCGAUUGGAUGUUCUUCUGUUGCUUCGCCGGCAUGUUCAUGUUCUACUGCGCCCACUGGCAGACGUACGUGUCGGGAACGCUGCGAUUCGGCAUCAUCGACGUGACCGAAGUACAGCUUUUCAUCAUAAGCAUGUACCUGCUAGCCGCCGUGGGAGGCUCCGCCUUCUGGCAGUCACUGAUUCCAAUUGUGAACGUCCAGGUGAAAAUGAUUCCUGCCGUUUUCACGUUUCUAGGAGCGAUUUUUUCCUGUACCAACUACUUCAGGGUUAUUUUCACUGGAGGUGUCGGGAAAAACGGCUCUACCAUAGCCGGAACCAGCGUGCUGUCUCCCGUGCUGCACAUCGGUUCCGUCAUCGUUCUGGCCGUGAUGAUUUACAAGAAGUCAGCCGUUCAGCUUUUCGAGAAACACCCGUGUCUUUACAUCCUGGCCUUUGGCUUCGUCUCUGCCAAAAUCACCAAUAAAUUAGUCGUAGCACACAUGACAAAAAGCGAGAUGCACCUGCACGACUUGGCCUUCCUGGGACCGGGACUCCUCUUCCUCAAUCAGUAUUUCAAUAGUUUUAUUGACGAGUACCUGGUGCUGUGGAUCGCGCUGGCGCUGUCGUUGUUGGACUUGGUGCGUUACUGCGUGAGCGUCUGCAACCAGAUCGCCGGUCACCUUCACAUCUUUGUCUUCAAGAUCAAGCCUUGCUCGCUGCACUGAGCGCAAACUAACAUCCAUCCGUCCCCGCCGUCCGUCCACGUAGUCCGCCAAGCCAAUGUCAGGACCGCUCAUGCGAUUGUACCGGAGCGUUACUACCUGUCGGUGUUUGUUUCAAGAAUUCAGGUGCUACUAUAACACACACGUACAGAAAUGGGAAAAAAAAUGUUGAAAAACGCGUUGCUAUUCAUAACCACAAAUCAUUUUUGUUACUUUUUUGCUACUGUAAAUAGUUGGCUUUUUAUUGGCUUGCGUUCUCAUUUCAGCAACAGUUUCUAAUUCAUGUCUAAUGUUGCAAUGACCACUUAUUAGGUGUACAUUUGGGGGGUUGGAAUGGGUUAUUUUAUUUAUUGUCAACAUGUGUGUAUGGAGGUUGUUUUUUUUUUUUUUGUGCCAAAAUAAAUAAAUAUAACGCCUAUUAAGUAGAUCUGUCUACAUAGGAGUGAGUGAAAGUGUAAAAUGAUGCCUGACGUU